AUGGAGAAAGAAGAUUAUAUGCAACUAAUACAUGGUCGAGGAAUAAAAUAUAAUAACAGUAAUCUACUUUACCUGCCAAAUAAGGGAAAGACCACCGAAGAAAGAGCAUUGGACAAUGUUAGCCCACCGACGAAUUUAAAACCGAAUUACGUUCCCGAUAAAAAGGUUAGGAGAGUUGGCCAAUUACCACCCCAAGUUCGUGAAGCACGUACUUCACGAGUAGACUCCACCGUAUUGCGAAAAAUAUACGGUUAA